CAGAGGGAAUAUUUUCUCCAUAAAAUAUCAUCAAGAAAUCAUUGAAGAAAAUUUUUUUUUGUGUUUUUGUACAUUAAUCAGUGAGGCCCGGCCCCCAGAAACACUCCACUCCAAAGCCAUGCAGUUGAUAGCUAGCUAACUGAUAAAUCUCUGUGUCACUAAAAGUUGAAGAUUAUUAUUGGAUAUCAUGAUAUCUGUUGAGUCCAUCAAUUUCCCAACCUAAUUCUUCUCUCAUUUGUCUGAAGAAUUGUAAAUUAAUUAAACUCACUGCCCCUUGCUAUUGUCCAAGCUGAAUUACACAAGCCAUCAAGUGGACUAAGAAUAUAGAGCUGGAAAUUACCAUAAUAGGUCCACUCUAAAUAAAAUUCAAAUUUUAAAAGGAAGCUUUCCCAGUAUUGUUAAUUAUUGAUAAAACUUCGGUCUUAGGUCGGGUGGAGGGCAAUAAUUUCUUGUUGACAGAAAAUGUUUGAAAACCACAGAUCUAACCCAGAAGAACCAAAAGCAUGUUUGAAGAGCUUUGAUGAAGUGUGAGGAGGCCCAGCCCCAUCUGUACAUAUUUAAGAAAUUACUUAGCUUAGUAAGGUGUCUGACAGCACAGUGAAAACAUUUUACAUUCAUUGUAACAUGCUCAGGACCUUACAAUAAUUGCACUCAGUGUUUAAAGCAGUUUUUCCAUUGCACUCCACUUUGUUUAUGACCAUGUGGGAACUCAAGAAGAACAGCGCAUAUGUUUCACUAAGUUUGUUGUACCGCAUUGAAUUUACAAGCUCCCCACAGACAUGGGAGGCUUGGAAGAGUUUGAGGAGUUUCACUCUAAUUAUUUUCAGUGGUGAUUAACAUUGAAAAGGGACCGUACGUGGUAAACAACCGCUGACUAAUGGGUGACAAAGGUGAGGCUAAAUAUGCCUGGAUUCCAGGCAUCCAUGUGUGAUGUAUAAUGUCUCAGACAGGAUGACCGAUAAAAGGCAUUUUGUGUUAUGGCAAUCAGUGGAUUAAAUUCUAUAAACUGAACUAUAAAACAGUUUCCACAUCGGAAGCACUGACAGAACUGUACAUCUGUGUUUUUAACAAUACUUACAUACUUUUGAUAGCCACUUUUCUGAAAGAUAAUCAGAUACGGAGAAUCAGUUUUAUUUACCAGUUAGUUGUCAUAAUGUUAUGGCACUAUGGGCUAGUGUCAGUGUCUACUUUCCAGGCAGUGAACAUGGCUGGGCGGACUGGGACUGAACACAAUUUCCAAGAUGAUGGCAGUUUGACAGGGUAUACAGUACUGAGGUGGUUUUCUUGCUGGGUUUGGCUCCUGGCAUCCUGGGGCUCAGUUAGGUUAGGUUAGUCAGUUAGGUUAGCUGCACGGCUUACUGAGAUAACAGUAGUUAACGAUUUGCUACUUAUUUCCAAUGAAUUAUUUACAUGUCACAUUUUUGUGAUCCUUAAAAAAAAAAGUUGAUUAAUGUAUUGUGCACUCCUAGAUACAGACUCAUACAUUUAUAUUUUAAUUAAUGGUUGCAACAUAUACACUAGACACAACGUUCUAACUUAAUACAUUUUUUCAAUUUCCUCACUUGUCUCUCUCUCUCUCUCUCUCUCUCUCUCUCUCUCUCUCUCUGUGUGUGUGUGUGUGUGUGUGUGUGUGUGUGUGUGUUCUCUGACAGGGUGUACCAGCAGCAGAAGCUCUGCACUGACCUGUGCCAUGAAGACCCAGAAGACCAGAGUUGUUACAACAACUUCACCUUCCUGCCGAGGGACGUCUCGCUUCAGGUUACGAGGCAGAAAGAAGAAGGACAGUGUAAUCCAAGGCAAGCUUCGCAUCCGCUCCAUGCCUGGAGCCUUCCUGGUCCUGGGGGUCAUUGUGGUGGUUGUUGGCACUGCUCUGGCUGUGGCGGGAUACUGGCCAUACCGGAUAUCGAAAUCCUCCAUCCUGGGAGCUGCAGAGGGGGAAAGUAUCUCAGAGUCGCAGACUUCUGGCUGGAGUCUGGGAGCUAAGGGCCUCCUAUCCGCAGCCAGCCUUAUCCACAGUGAGCGGAUGAAACUGCUGGGACCUGUCAUUAUGGGGGUGGGACUCUUCAUUCUCAUAUGUGCCAACACAGUCCUGUACGAGAACAGGGACAGAGAGACUCAGAUACUGCUGGCUCAGAUGCGCAGUGUGAUCUGCUCGGUCUCUGCGGCUGUGCCCUCAGCGGACCUUAAAGAAAUAGCAGCAGCCAACUCGAUGGCCAAACACUACCAGUGGGUAAGCAGUUUACCAGCUGCCCAUCUCAACAUCCUCUGUCUGCAGCAGAUUACCAGCUCUGAGCCCUUGCUUCAGACCAGACACCCCAGAGACCAGGAUGACAGUGCUGUUCUCCAGACAGAAGCCCUCCACCACCAGGAGUCAGAGCCUCCACCUUCCCUCCACUGCUCCCACUCCAACUCAUGUAAUUCCAGUCCAACAGAAUGUUGUGCACAGUCUGCCGCCCACAUGGUCAGCACCAUCUUAAAUCUGCAGUUCACCCCAGUCGUCAAGCUCAACAACUGUCUGGUGUCUGCCAGCUCCAUGUCCACAUUGGGGGUGGACGAGGUGGAUAUCCCAGCUGACCAGCCAAGACGCUGCCACAGUAUGAGCUACAGGACUAACCCAUACAUACAAACUGGUGUGCAUCUUGAGGAAGGAUUUCACACAGCUGGAGAGGAGGGUCAAAUAAAGCAGCUGGUAGUGAUGAGGAGAGAUGCUGGUUCACAGGUUUGCGUGAACAUCCCCGGGCAGGUUGUGGAUGCUGCAGAGGAGCAAACUCACAGAAGCUGGCCUCGGCUAGACUUGGGCAGCGGGAGACGAUACCUGAAACUAGAGAACAAAGAGGACUCAGUGGACAAACUGCUGGACCAGUUAGAGCAGCAGUGUUCUCAGUGGGAUAAUAGUUUUGGCUCUGGGCCUUUCCAGUGAUUGGCUGUCCUUCACAGUCCUGAGGGUACUUUAGGAUACAAACACCCUGACAACCAAGGAGUAAUGAUAUUUUUGCCUGGAUUCUAACACUGCACGAUAGUUUUGGUUUUAAAUUCUGUGCGGGGCAUAGAGGAACUGAGCCCUGGAUCAUUUGGAAUGCAGUAUUUCUCACAAGAAUCUUCCAAAACUUGUUCUCAAUCUUAAGUGGAAUAAUGAUACACAGAGGUUAUGGUCUUUGCUUGGCUGAAUUUGGCAGAUGUUUUCUAUAAUUGAAGAAGAGGAACAAUAUACAGACCCUACACUGUCACAGUUGAGCGAAGCUAUUUGACAGACUGUUUACUUCUGCAGUUUGGUUUUGCAGCAAUGCGAGAAAUCAACUUGCAUCUCAAUGCCAAAAUGGGUUUGCCUGUUUCCAGGACACAGUGUGCACAACCUAGAGAAGAAGAGAUAGAAUGGUGCGGGAAUACAGAGAUUUGUUUUCACUGUGCAAUCAAUUUUGAACCAAACUACCUGGACCCCUGAGCCCAUAAGGUGCUGACAGCUCUUGACAAAUGCAACGAGUAUAUAAAAAUGGGUCUUUUUUUUUUUUCUCAGCUGAGGAGGUCCCAUACUCUAAAUGCAAUGCAUGACAGUGAUGUACAGUAUGUUACAUCUUAAUACUUAUGCAGAGUAAUGUCAUUGUUAUGUGUAUAAGAAGUAAUGAUAGUUGAAAGGUAAUUCUUGUUUAUUAUUACUUGGGUCUUAUUUUCUUAGGGUGGCCAUUAUUUCUACACAAUAAACAGUGUUUUUCACCAAGUUCAUUGCUGAGAUCUGGGAACACAAUGACAUUACUACAACUGUCUGUCUCUGAACUGUGAUGCAUGUUUGUCAUGGAAAGUUUAAGUAAUAAUAUUAAUACAGUUUGCCUUCAUUUUCUUCUGCUGUUGGUAAGGGUCCUUACCAACAGUAAUACAGGCACAUAACAGCACAUACCCCAGUAACCUUCACACACCAUAUAAGCAGUAUAAACAUUUCAAGCUGCAGUAAGUAACUUUUAUUAAACUAAAC